AUGGAAGGUGUUGCAAGUGCCUUUGCCGUGGUAUCUCUUGCACUGCAACUCGCCGAAAGCGUAAAGAAGCUCUACGAAUUCUGGGACUCUGUCGUCGAAGCGCCGAGACACAUACAAGCUACGACAACCGAUCUCAAGGUUCUACAAAGCAUUCUCUGCUGUAUAGCUGAUGAUGCUCAACAUACGCAGCCUGAUGAGCUGUUGACCAAUGUCUUGCAAUCUUGCAAUGGCAAAGUCGCUUCACUUCUUAGGAUCCUUGGUGAAAUCGAUCCGGGCUUUGCUUCAUCAAAGCUCCAUACCAGAAAAUGGACUGCUAUCAAGACGGUCCGGAUGAGCGCGAAGUUACAGAAGUUCCAGGAUACGGUAGAGAAGCUGAAAGUCUCGCUUUUGUUAGCUCAGCAAACACAUUAUGGGCGCUUGAAUCGCAUCCAGCACAGCGCGAAUCAGCAAUCAUUAGCAGAGAUCACAGAAUGCGUCUCCCGUAUUGAUUUACAGCGUUCAAUGAAGAUCGAGAAUCAAGCUUGCAUCCCUCCUGUAAUUGAGAAGUCUCAUUUCCAGACUCUUCAUGCUGAGGCAUCAGAAAAAGAUGGCGCUGGAAACAAUCCGGUGUAUCCACGCGCUACGAUUACAGGAUCCUCAGUAAUUGGGCAAGCUAUUGAUGUUUUACCGAUCAAGGCGAUGAAUGAGUAUGCACAUACCUCGAAGUCAAGGAUUCAAGCAAAAGAGACACUCGCACGGCACGAAGCGGUCGUCGAGUACCUCUUCGGCACAAUUCAUAUCAAGUCAAAGCAAAGUCGUAUCCAAGUAGGAGAACUAGAUGAUAUGCGCGAAUGGGAGAAUACCGUCAGCAUUCGUCCGGCUGGCUGGUUGGUCAAUCUUGGCUUCAAAUACGGCCUUAAACUCAAUUUAUUUCAGUCCUCUAUCCAAGGCUGGAAACAGACAUUGAGUACUUCCUGUCAUGUACCAGACGAUGCUCUGGUCUUUGAGUUCUGCAAACAAGGGAAUUUGGAUGGUGUGCGGAGUUUGUUGUCGAGAGGCGACGCUUCAAUUCGAGAUGUUGAUUCGGGGGCUGGACUCCUCUUUUCGCUACUCCUUGAAGCUGGCGCUGAAUCAACUGCCCGUGAUUACUAUGACGACCACAUACUAGAGAUGACAAUGGUUAAUUUGCCCGAAGUGGUGGACACGCUUCGAAUAUUUUCUGAUGACUUGGAUUUCUCUGACGUAGCUGCCAAAGGCUGGGGUUUUCUCGAAGAUAUUGGUGAUGAGACUGCGUGCCUUAAUGGCGACAUGGCGGCAAAGCGCGCCCUUUUCUCCUGGAUAUUGCAUUACACUGGGUCUAGUGUCAGAGAAAACUUCCUCGAGUCAAAGUACUGGCAGAUUUUGUAUUGGGUGUUGUCCUUAAGAGAUGACGACAUAGUUCGCCUAUUCCUACAAUGCGGUAGAAAAGAUGCCAUUAACUCUCGUGACGAAAGUGGAGGUUAUUCCGGUAUCCAUUAUCGAGCGGCCCAGACCGAUGACGAUUUGGAGAUCAUACUCAAGCACUUUCCAGACCUUCAUCUCUCCGGUCUCAACCCUCAAGCGAGUCCAGUCCUCGAGACGCCUACAUCCAUAGCAAUGUACUCUUCCCCUGCAUUUGUAAAUUGGCGACAUGACCUUUAUUCUACUGGAAUUGACAUGUAUGCAUUCAUCAACGAAGAGAUCCAACGAAAACCGCUUUCUGAAGCUGGAUGGACGCCGGAAACUUUGACAAUCCUAUUUAAUUUCAAUGUUGACCCUGCAACACGUCCAGAACAUUACAUGUACUGCCCAGACUGUCUUAUGAGAUGGGAAGAUAAAGUGAUUAUCGUGCAGCCUUUUUGGAUGCACAUACUUACAAAAAUCAUGUCUGGCUUAUAUGACCAGGCUUUGCUAGAGUGUGAAAUGGAAGGAAGUUGGAUCGAGAAUGAGGAUGAGAGUGAGAGUGAAGAUGGUAGGAUUGAAAGCAAUGAGGAAAGUCGUGGAGGGAAGGGCAACGUAAAUAGUGAGCCACUACCAUCAGGAUCUGUCGAGGACGAUUUCCGUGAUAGCUCGUCAACGCAAGCCUCCGCGAAUGACAUCCCGAAAAGUUCUGGAGAGUAUGGGGGUCAAGAUGGGACGGCCUACUCGUUCGACAGAGAGGAAAUGAUAUGCGUGGAUUGCUGGAUUAGGUACCGAGACACCGGUCAGCGCAUCAGAGUGGCUCAUCCCGACCAUGCAGCUCUGAAUCAGUACUUCCAUCAACAGCAUUUCGAUGACGAAUCUAACAUCUAG